AUGGAUUUGUUUUCGCUCGCUGGCAAGACGGCCCUCGUCACAGGCGGCACACGGGGCAUUGGCCAGGCGAUGGCCGUCGCUCUGGCGGAAGCUGGCGCCGACAUCCUUUUGGCAUUGCGCUCUGGCGCCGAUACGGCGACCAAGACACAGGUCGAGGCCCUCGGCCGGAAGUGCACGCUCUACAACGUCGAUAUUUCGUCGCGCGAGUCCGUCGCUGCCCUUGUGCCGGCGGUCCUCAAGGACGGACACCGAAUCGAUGUUCUCGUCAACUGUGCUGGCAUUCAGCGUCGCCACCCGGCCCACCAGUUCCCCAUCAACGACUGGGACGAGGUGCUCCAAGUCAACCUGGGCUCCGUCUUUGAGCUGUGCCGCGACGUCGGCGCACACAUGCUGGAGCAGCCCUUUUACGAUGGCACGACCCGGCGAGGAACCAUCAUCAACGUGGCCUCGCUCCUGAGCUUCCAGGGCGGCAUCACGGUGCCGGCGUACGCAGCCAGCAAGGGCGGCGUGGCGCAGCUGACCAAGGCGCUGAGCAACGAGUGGGCGGGCAAGGGCGUGACGGUGAACGCGAUUGCGCCCGGCUACAUUGCCACGGACAUGAACUCGGCGCUGAUUAGUGACGAGUCGCGGGCGGCAAGCAUUCUGGCGCGGAUCCCGGCGGGGCGGUGGGGUCUGCCGGAGGACUUUAAGGGGGCCGUGAUCUUUUUGGCCAGUCGGGCGAGUGCUUAUGUCAGCGGCGAGAUUCUGACGGUGGACGGCGGCUGGAUGGGCCGGUAA